AUGGAAGCCAUUGGGGCAGCUUCUGCCAUCCUCGCAAUUGCAACAGCUGGAGUACAAUGCUCCGUGAAGCUUAUGACUUUUGCAGGACAGGUCAAGACAGCGCCAGAGCAGAUAAACAUGGUCGCUGAAGAAGUGUCGCUGAAUGCCAGUAUUCUACAGCAACUGGGCGAACUGGCAAAGGAAAAUGUAGAAACCAAACAUUUAACAUCAGACGACAAAGACAAUGGCCAAAAAUAUCAAGGCGAAAUCGGUUCAUACGAGAUCAAAACAGAGUAUCUUCAAGGCAGCCGGGCUGGAAACGGUGAUGCAUCUAGCGAAAAAGUGCAAAGAGGUAUUCGAGUCCCUAGACGCGUCUUUACGCACAGCCAGCAAACAGCUCCAUGCGAAACCCCGGAUAUUGGGCAAAGUCAAGCUCAGUCGCGCGGAAAGGUUCAAAUGGCCGUUUCUACUCCCGGAGAUUGA